CUCUAUAGCAAUGAAACAAUCUGAUUUUGUAUUUGUCUUGGACAUUAGGAUGGCAGAUGGUGUUUUGUGUAAUCCUGGUGUGCAGCAAAAGUGUUAGUGCCAUUCAGUCAACGCUAUGAAUUUCUGAUCUUUUCAUUUUUUUGCUAUACAGUGCUCAUGUAGAUUUUAUCUUAUGGUAAUAUUUCACAUUCACAUGUCAGUAGAAUAUAAUCAAAGAAAAUAAUUCAUUUUCUUCUCAUAUUAACAAAAGGAACAAUCACCAUUUGCUGUUUUGAAUUUAUCUAUAAUAGCUAUAUGUUCACCUCAGAUUUCCCCUCAUGUAUAGCAAGUUAAGUUGUCUUCUGUAACUGAACAUGAAUUCAUGUGUUCAGUGCAUGUUUAUGCUAGCAGCUAGCCUAUGAAAGCAUCUGUUCUAGAACAUAUUUGAUUUUCUCUUUUGGAGAAUUUUUGGUGAAUGUGGAUUCUCAAUUCAGUGAAAGUUUUUAGUAAAAUCAAAACUGAAUUAAAACAGAAUUUGAGAUUGGAUACACAAAUAUUUUGACUGAACAUGACUUUACACAUGGGAAUAAUGUGCACUUGGGAUCUGAAGAUAGGCCCAAACUUUGGUCACACAAUUUUUCAUGAGCGAUGGAAGUAGGGCAUUUCCAGUAAUGCUUUUUAGUUCUCCUCCCUCUUCUCCCUUAGAGGGCAUGAAGGAACCUGACUACUUUAGAUGGUGCCACCUUGAUGACAUGGGGGUGGAUGGUAGCAAAAGGAAAUCAGGCUGGUCUCUAUACAGGCAAGGAUUGCGCACAGUCACUGAAAACCAAUAGUGGUCUUAUGAAGUUGCAGCUACGUUGUUUUUAAAGGGUAGCUUUGUUACAAAAACCGUACUGGAAGGCUGAGGUUAAACUACUCUUAUAGUGCCUUGACAAUCCCAUAGAAGUACAAUAUAACUUCGUAUUAGAGAGACGAUUUUACUGUCUCUCUCAAACUUCCAAGUGUGAUUUUAAUGGUUAAAUACAAAUCCUGGACAAUUGGUUCUGUCAUAUCUGCUGUCAGGCAGAUGUAGCGAGAGUAUGUGGCCCUCUAAUGGGUCAUCAUGAAUUAAAGCGAGUGCGGCUCUAUGCAAUACUCCAAAGGGAAGUUCAUUCACUUACCAUGUAGACAAGUAUCAGAGGGGUAGCUGUGUUAGUCUGGAUCUGUAAAAGCGGCAUCCGACGAAGUGGGUAUUCACCCAUGAAAGCUCAUGCUCCAAUAAGUAUGUUAGUCUAUAAGGUGCCACAGGACUCUUUGCCACUUUUACCAUGUAGAAACCCCUCUCCCUAAUAAAACUAACAAGCAAACAAAAUGUUUGUACAGCUGGAAUGUAAUCUGAACAACUUUCAUUAGCAUUGUUUAAUACUGGCUAUUAAAAUGAUCCUCAAAUAAUCCCAUCUCAGUGGGAGGUGGAGGGGUGGGGGACGGACUCUGCAAAACAAUCCUGGGUACAAGAAUCCAUAAGGAAUCCUCUUCAGAGGAGACGUGGAACCAGUGUGUCACUUUACAGACAUAAAGAUAAGAUUGAGGUCCCUGCACAAAGGAGUUUUCAAUCUAAUUGCAACAUAAUGCAGUGAGUGAAAACAUCAAACAUGUCGGUGAAAAGACAAAAUAAGGGGAGAGUUUAAAACUCUUAAUGAAUGUUUUGUUUGGCUCAGUGAAGGUUACAGGCACUUGAGUUGUAAUGGUUUUUGGAGGGAAUGAUGGGAUGGAGAGGCUGUUUACUUUGCCAAUGCGUGAUGGGUAUAUGGCAGUGCCUGUCUCUCUCUGAGUGGCAGAAUGCUGACUGAAAGUGGUGAGGGUUGAAGAGGGAAUUGAAGGAGAUUGAGGUCACUAGAGGCACAGGAGGAAGGAACAAAAAUUCAGCCAGUUUUAUUUUAUAUAAUGCCAGCAAUAAGUAUUUUUUGUCAAUUUCAGACUGAGCUGGACAUAUGUUUGGAAAUGAAGAGGAUCUGGUAUUACAAAUGCCAAGUUAAACACAAAACCCAAUGGAUAGUAAAAGCUACUGUAACUUCAUGGACACGUUGUCCAUCUAUGACUCACAACAUGUACAAGUGACUAGGCCUUUCAGUGGGGACCCUUUUGUCACGUUUCAUGUGUACCCUGAGACACCGACCCAGUUCACUUGCUCUGAGGAUUUGCCACUACUUCCUUUUACAUCCGAGCAGUUGAUCACAGAGAACUUCUACAUGGAUCCUUGCAACUUUCCUUACCAAGUGGCCCAGGCUAAUUAUGGCAGAGGUGACUGUUCUUACGGACCAGCUUUCAUCAGAAAAAGGAAUGAAAGGGAAAGGCAGAGGGUUAAGUGUGUCAACGAAGGAUAUGCCAAACUCCGACGUCACCUGCCUGAGGAAUACUUAGAGAAACGGCUCAGCAAAGUAGAAACACUUCGAGCUGCAAUAAAAUACAUUCACCAUCUACAAUCCGUUCUGUGCAGUGAUUCUGCAGUGACAGAGAAGAAUAACCUGGAACUGGGCCAUACUUCCAAGGCAAUGGCCAGAGAGAUCCAGUUUUGAGGACUAUCUGAACUGCUCCAGGGAAGAAAAAUAAUCACAGCUGAGGCUAAUAACAAUCACAUUAUUGGUGACACAAAUAAUUCUGUGAAACUGACACAUUUUAUGAACUGUACAAAGCACACAUCCCUACCAGUCUACUGGGGAAAGAGUUUAAAUUAACCUACAGGGAAUUACAUUGAGAUGAGAAAUACUAAUCUACAAGAAAAUGAAAUGUAAACUAUUUUAGUUAAUUCAUGGAAAUUAGAAAAAAAUCCUUUAACUAUGUUAGUUGGAAACCGAAAAUAGGACUACGUUUCAUUUUUCGGAAAGGAGCAAAUGUAUAUGCCAUUUCAGUCUGCAUAUUUUAAAUAAAGUGUAACCUUCUCAUU